AUGCCGCGUCGCAAGGCCGCCGACCGGAACCAGCCGCACAAGUCCCGCUCGCGCAACGGCUGCCUCACGUGCCGCAAGAGGAAGAUCCGAUGCGACGAGGCCCGUCCCGUCUGCUCCAACUGCAAUGCCAAGGGGCUGCAGUGCCUGCGCGGCGUGACGCUGAAAUGGGAGGCCGAAUACGCUGGCCGCGGCAUCGCCUUUGGUCGCUGUGGCGUGUGGAGCAAAAACGGCCAGCACGACGACCUGCCCAGCCUUGACUCGAGCGCCGUGCACUGGCUACCCCUGCCGGAGAUCCAGCCCUACCACUUCGUCAAUAGCACCGUCGACGGCUUCGAAGACUCGCUUGCCGAACAGGAAGAGUUGGGCCUCGUGCCCGCCGGGCAGUCUGCGUGCUCAUCGCUCAGUUCUGCCUGCACUUCCAUUCCGCCUGUUUGGUCGCCCUCGCCGCUCCUCUACUCUCCCCCAGCAUUCCCCCAGUUGGAAGACUCGACGUACGCCCCGUUGCUCAACUACUACUUGGAGCGCUUGUGCCCUCUGACGACUCCGAGCCAUCGAGCAUCGUCUCCUUUUGCAACUCUCGUCCUUCCUUUUUCGGUUUCGGCUUCCUCCAAUGCACUCAAUGCCAUCCUUGCCUUGGCAGCACGACAUCUGUCCAAAACCAACCGCGCCUGGAAAUCCGCCGCCAUGCAGCUGGAAGGCAAGGUCUUGCGUACCCUCAGGAAGCGUUUGAUGGCCGAACACCCCGAGAGCGUGGCUCUGGACCCAGAAGUGCCAACCAUCAUGAUGAUGCUGUGUUUGUAUGAGAUCAUCAACAAGUGCGAUGAGCGCUGGGUCAUCCAUCUCAAAGGCGCGCGGGAUCUAAUCCGCACUCGAAAGCGCCUUGUGGCCGCUGCGCCAAAGCCAUCGUCUGAUCUUGUCGGCUUCUCAGAGCGCUUCUUCGCCUAUCAAGAUGUCAUUGGCCGGACCGCCUGCGGUGAGGUGCCAAUAUUCGGCAGCGACUAUUGGGAUUCCGGCGACCAAACCGCAGACGCCUGGCUCGGAUGCAGCCCCGAAUUGGUUUCCAUCAUUUGCUCCGUCACAGAACUCAGCCGCCUCAGACGCGAAGACCCCGCCGCGUCAACCAGAGCCAGCUUCGCCAUCAAGGCAGAAGCUUUGGAAACCCGGCUUACAGACCUGGUCCAAACAGUGGCGGAUCCGGCCGAUGAUCUCCUUUGCAGGUCUGCAGAGAUCAAGCGCUUGGCCACCAUUGUUUAUCUCUACUGCGCCUUGUACGGCGCCUCGCCAACCACGCCUCUGGUCAUUGUGCAUGUCAGGCAAAUCCUGAGACAUAUCGCUGGCUUCAUUGAGCACGGCGUGGCGUCGGGCCUGACAUGGCCGCUCUUUGUCGCCGCAGUGGAAUUAGAUCCGCUGCAGGACGAGCUAUGGACCGACGAACGCACCCGCCGACCCGUGUAUGGCCGGCGGCUCGUAUUGCAGGCACUCGAUCACAUGGCGCAGGCGAGCAUCGCCAAUGUGUCGCGCACCCGAGCCGUGGUGAGCAAGGUGUGGGAAACGCGCGAGGCGCAAGAGGCGACUAGCAGCCCGCCAUCGUUAGACGUUGACGGGCUGCAGAACUGCAACGACUGGGAGCGCUUCGUCGCGCCGCUUAGCGGUAAUAUGAGCCUUGCGUGA